AUGUUAGGAUUCUACAUGAAAGAAGAGGCUGAUGCUGACAGAGCGCUGUUACUGAAGAAGGUAUUUAGUGCAGCUUUUUACGCCUUAGCUUCAUUUAUGAUAACUGUGGUAAAUAAGACCGUGCUGACCUCAUAUGCCUUCCCGUCUUAUCAAGUAUUAGGCCUUGGACAAAUGGUAGCGAUAAUUAUAGUUUUAUGGUUCAGCCGUGCUAUGAAUAUCGUUGAAUUUCCAUCGCUGGACCGUGGAGUUGCACAGCGGAUAUGGCCCCUACCUGUAAUUUAUUUGGGCAAUAUGGCAACUGGACUUGGUGGAACGAAAGAGCUCAGUCUCCCAAUGUUCACAGCCUUGCGGCGAUUCAGUAUUCUCAUGACGAUGAUCUUAGAACGAUUUGUACUCGGAAUUAAGGCAUCCUGGCCAGUCAAAGCUAGUGUUAUGGCUAUGGUCGGUGGUGCCCUUCUUGCGGCGGCUGAUGAUGUUACAUUUUCCUGGUCCGGAUACACUCUUGUUCUUCUCAAUGACGGCUUCACCGCAGCUAAUGGUGUUUAUAUGAAGAAAAAAUUAGAUUCAAAGGAGCUUGGUAAAUAUGGGCUCAUGUUUUACAAUGCAUUAUUCAUGAUUGCUCCAGCCGCCAUUGUGGCUUGGAGCACAGGUGACCUAAAACGCUCAGCAGAAUAUCAGCAUUGGUCGGACACAUUGUUUGUCAUACAGUUCCUUAUGUCCUGUAUAAUGGGACGAGAACGUGUCGGCGGAACGCCGAAAGACUUAUUAUUUUCAUACAUUUAUAACUUACAGCACAAGCUAGCGGUACCUAUCAGUAACAAAUUCCCAGUACCUAAAGAACAAUGA